AUGGGUAACGACGUUGAUGCCCAGCCUGGGAGGAGUACAGAAUCACUAGGUAGAGCAGUCCGGUACCGAAAAUCGGCCAUUAAGAAGAUGAUUAGUGAUUUCCUACCAGAAGAUCGAGCAAUCAUGGAUGCCUAUUUGGAGAAGUAUGAAUCGGAGGCACGACUACGAAAGAACAAGUCCAUGAAACAGCGAGAGUACAACUCGAUGCCGUUAGUGGCUGGUACCGCAACUGUCCCCUCCGCAGUGCCAGACCAUCAGGCAGAGAUUGGUGGAAGUAGCGCGGCCGGCGCCCCCGAGGCAAACGAUGGACACGCCGAUGCCCCUGGAACGAGCGAACAAUCGACACUGGAGUCAGGCGUUCAAGGCAUGCUUGCUGUUCCUGCUACAUUCAACAAAGUUGGUGGUAGUCCUACAGCCCCCGACGGGACUAGAUCACCUGUCAGCCGCUCAGAAUUGGUCUCGGGCGAACUUGUCGAGGACAACCUCGGCGCGCAGGACACAACUCUUACAAAGGACAUACAAAAGGAAUCUAGUUCGACGACGACUUGUUCCGUGCCACGAACCCCCUUUCGGAAUAGCAGCGAGAAUAAUAUCCAGUCAGCUUCAAGGCCAAUACUAGACAAAAAUCUCAAUUCGUUAUCUUUGCAUCUCCAGGCAGCGAAUGAUCUAAUGGGAACAAUCGCAGACGACAAACACCCUAUCCUACAACUGCGGCUAGGUAGUGAUGCAAAACGAGCCAUUACCGCGGCCGUGAAAGAGACGAUUGAUGACAACAUGACAGUUGUGAAAAUGAGACACACGAGCCUAAAUUCCAGCUGA